GAAUGAGUACGGUCCAGGACUCCAGGGCUGAAGAGACACCGUCGCAGCUGCCGGGCAGCGCAGAGAGCGAGACCCCGGCGGGGGAACAGCGCUCGACGCUCGGGGGCGGGCCUCUGCGGCCGCUCUCCCCGCCCCCGGUGUCGCCACCACCCCCUGGCUGCGCACCAGCUGGGCAGCUCAGACGCGGCCGCAUCCUCGUGGACGGUAGAGGCGGCAGCGAGCUAGAGCCCGAGUUACAGCUCGCCGCCGCGGAGAGGCCAGGCGAGCCCGAGCGCGCGGGGAUCCGGCCCAGGCUCGGCGGGCAGCUCUGCGCGUGGCCGGGGUCAUGGUAUACUGAAAAGGCACUCAAUCAAGAGAAAUCUGGAAGGAGUUGGAAACCAUCAAGUUUUUGAGGACACAAAGGGUGCAGAAAAGAUCAAGGAAAAGGGGUUAAUCAGAGUUUCUCCCUAUACCUGUCCUAGAAAUAACAGCAUAUUUUAAUCAGAUAUUUCCCCUGGGACACAGGCCGCCAUGGAUAUGCACCUCGGUAAUCCUGGGGGUCAGGAGAGUGCAAGCAACAGCCUCAAGGGAAGCAGCAGCACAGGAAACCAGCAAGAUGUUGCUAUGAGGACAGAUUCAUCAAAAAUGACGGAUGUGGAGCCUGUGGUCAACAAUUUCGCAUCAUCAGCAAGGGCAGGCCGCCGGAAUGCUCUACCAGACAUCCAGGGUUCACCCACCACGGGUGGAACUUCGGAGCUGCCCCUCAAACUGGAAGCCCUCUCCGUGAAGGAAGAUGUGAAAAAUAAAGAUGAAGAAACAGCACAAGACCAAUCAGAAAAGCCUGAAGAUGAAGGAAAAUGAAGGCUCAUAACCUAUCAAAAGUGCCGAAUUUCUGCACGUUGAAAGACUUAGUGGCUCUGCUUUCCUGAGAUCUUUGAUCUGGUAGUAACUAUGGUAACAUUGCAGCCCUAAGCAACAUUUAUUGUAUUAGAUAAUUUUGUUGUGACGCUACUCACUUGGAUUGCAACCGUGAUGUCCAAUGUAGGUUAUUAAAAGGUAGAUUACUUCCAAAUUGCACCCAAGAGAGAGGUUAAGAAUGUAUGGUCACUUAAAUAGGUAUCGUUGUCUAUAAACCCAACAAAAUCCACUGUUCUCUUCUGGAUUUCUUUAGCCACCUGCAAUUUUAAUCCCAUUUUAUGGUAAUGGGUAAACCAUGUCUUGGUAAAUAUAAACCAAAUACUAUUAAUUUAAAACUUUAUGGAAUUUGUACGAAAUUAUGUUUUUUUGGUGACAAAGACUCAUAGAAAGUCAAAAUACAUAGAUAAAAGUAUGGUUGUUUUUUUUUUAAACCAAAAAUGUACCAUUUUUUCCACCAGACCCUAAAAAGAUCUGGACAAACAGUGAAAGUUUGACAGCCCAAACAUCUCUAGGAAGUUUUUGUUUGAUGUAUUUUGCUUCUGGUCUAUGCAUACUGUGUUUUUUCAUGUGGACUCUUAAAAUGGAAAAUUUGUGGCAAAUUGUUUAUAUGGAAUAUACCCAUUAAAUGAAUCUCACUAUCUUCCUUAACUUUGGUGUGUGUAUGUGUGUGCACAUGUUUUUCUUUAAUGUGAAUUACACAAAACACUUGUUGCUUUAUACUGUCUUUUCUUAUUGUUAGGGCUUUUGUGUAUAUGAUGUUUCUAAAAUAAUUUCCUCAGGAAUGCAGACCUUAAUUUUUAUAUCUUUCCUAAACUGGCUAACAUAAUCAUAGGCACUUAAGUAUUUAGUGAAUGGUGUAGGUAGAAAUAGAAAAAGGUUUGCUUUUAAUAUAUAUUUGAGUAUAUAUUUUAAAAGGAAUGAAGCCAAAACCAAAGCUUUAGUAAAUUUUGAUUUAUUAGACAUUUUAGGAAAAUCAUAGAAUUCUGAAUUUUUAAAGAAAAUCUGACUAAUGAAUUUAUUUUUAUUUUCAGAUAUAUAUGCAUGCAGUGAUAUUUUAUUUCAUUGUUGACUUAGGACAUGUCUGUAUUCAGUAAUCAAAUAAACUCACUAUUAAAGAAA